UUGGGAAGACAAAAACUAUCAAUGCUUAACGAUUAAGCAAGUAGAGUAAUAGAAGAAAAAUGGCAAGGAAAUUCACGACGGCGGGAAAAGCAACGGAAGCGGAGCGUCGGUCUGCUCUGCACCGUCGAAGAAAGAACCCACGGCAGUUCGAGUCGAGUGUUGGCGACUCAUAUAUAGUAGUACCACCCAUCACUCGCCCUCGCAAGCAGAGCACGCACUCGGCUCGACACUCCAGCUAGCAAGCAGCCAGUGCCGGCCAUGGCGCCGACGUCUCCGACCUCCGCGCCGCGUCUCCUCCUCGCGCUCUCCCUCAGCCUCCUCCUCCUCACCAGCGCCCACCAGCUGACGGCGCCAUCGCCGCCCGCCGGCAUUUCGCCCGAGCUCGUGUCUACGCUGCGCGAGGCGCUGGACGCGAUCGAGGGGGUGGCGUCCGUCGUCUCGACCUUCCCCGUCGUCGGCGGCGUCCUCGGAGGAGCCGACCGCCGGCUCUCCUCCGCCAUCACCGACUGCCUCGACCUGCUCGACCUCUCCUCCGACGAGCUCUCGUGGUCCAUGUCGGCCGCUUCGCCGUCGACCGCGGGCGCGGGGGCCGCCGGCCGCGUCGGCACGGGCGACGCGCACGCCGACCUCCGGGCGUGGCUCAGCGGCGCGCUCGGCAACCAGGACACGUGCAAGGACGGCCUCGACGACACCGACUCCGUGCUCGGCUCGCUCGUGUCCACGGGCCUCCAGGCCGUCACGUCCCUGCUGGGCGACGGCCUCGGCCAGGUCGCCGCCGCCGGCGAGGAAGCCGCGUCGUCCGCGCGCACCAGUGGUCACCGGGGCCGCGGCCUCGGCGAGGGGGCUCUGCACCCGCACUGGCUGGGCGCGAGGGAGCGGCGGCUGCUGCAGAUGCCGGUGGGUCCGGGUGGAAUGCCGGUGGACGCGGUGGUGGCGCAGGACGGGAGCGGCAACCACACGACGGUGCAGGCGGCCGUGGACGCGGCGCCGUCGGAGCGCGAGGGCGGGCGGUACGUGAUCUACGUGAAGCGGGGCGUGUACAGGGAGACGGUGGAGGUGAAGAAGAAGAAGUGGAACGUGAUGAUGGUGGGCGACGGCAUGGGCGCCACCGUCAUCUCCGGCCGCCUGAACUACGUCGACGGCUACUCCACCUUCCGCACCGCCACCGUCGCUGUGGUGGGCAAGGGGUUCAUCGCGAGGGACAUGACGUUCGAGAACACGGCGGGGCCGGCCAAGCACCAGGCGGUGGCGCUGCGUUGCGACUCAGACCUCUCCGUCUUCUACCGGUGCGCCUUCGAGGGGCACCAGGACACGCUGUACGCGCACUCGCUCCGCCAGUUCUACCGCGACUGCCGCGUCGCCGGCACCGUCGACUUCGUCUUCGGCAACGCCGCCGCCGUGUUCCAGAACUGCCUCCUCCUCGCCCGCGCCCCGCUGCCCGGCCAGAAGAACUCCGUCACGGCCCAGGGCCGCUUCAACGCCUCCAUGAACUCCGGCUUCGCCUUCCAGUUCUGCAACGUCUCCGCGCAUGACGACCUCCUUCGACAAGCCAACGGGGCCAACAAGACCACGGCGGCCACGCAGACCUUCCUGGGGCGGCCGUGGAAGGCGUACUCGCGGGUGGUGUUCAUGCAGUCGUACAUCGGCGCCGUGGUGCGGCCGGAGGGGUGGCUCGCGUGGGACGCCAACCAGUCCACGCUCGCCACGCUCUACUACGGGGAGUACAUGAACACCGGGCCAGGCGCCGCCGGCGUCGGCGGCAGGGUGAGAUGGCCGGGAUACCACCUGGCGAUGAGCCCCGCGGAGGCCAGCAACUUCACCGUCGCGCAGUUCAUCGAGGGCAACAUGUGGCUGCCGACCACGGGCGUCCGGUUCACGUCCGGGCUGCUCGCGUCUUGAUCGAUCAUCUCGCGAGUAGUCGCUUACUCGUCACAUACGAGUAGUAGAGUACUUAACUUGGGGAUGGUUGUGGUUCUUGAAUGGGACAGAUUAAGGUCUGUGUAUGAAUGAAGUGGUGGGGACUUUCUUUGGUUGGUA